ACAACGAUUGGGUGGAAGACCAUUUACGAGUUACUGGCUUCUAUCAUGCAUCUCAAAUUGGUGUCGUACAAAAUCAGAAAGCACUCGUGAAUGCUCUAAUAGAACGGUGGCACCCUGAUACACAUACGUUUCACCUUCCAGUUGGUGAGUGUGCCGUAACUCUUGAAGACGUGGCUCUAAUUCUUGGUCUCCCGACGAAUGGUCUUCCAGUUACUGGGAUGACAAUGAGUAGUUUCUCAGCGUUGGAGGCAGAAUGUUUGCAUCAAUUUGGAGUGGCACCGCGUAAGUCAAAGUGUAGAGGAUGUUGUAUAAAACUGACUUGGCUGUGGGAGCUAAAAGAAAACAUUCAGUUGACUGAUGAAUUAAGUAUACAGAGGUACGUGAAGUGCCAUAUUAUGUUGCUGAUCGGGACGAUCUUGUUUGGGGAUAAAUCUGGGGCAGGUGUGCACUGGAAGUUUCUACCCUUGCUUCGUGAUUUUGCCAGUAUUGGACAUUAUAGUUGGAGUUCGGCAUGCCUUGCACACCUCUACAGGGGGUUAUGCAGGGCAUCUCGUUAUAAUUGUAAGGAAAUAGAUGGUCCAAUAACACUUCUGCUCGGUUGGGCUUGGAUCCGACUGCCAUAUCUAUCGCCGCUCCCCAGAGAACUCCACAGUUUUCUAUUAGCCAACAGGUAAUGUUACGUUACAAUCUACUCGUAGCUUUACAUUUUAAAUUCAGUUUAGCUAAUUGAAUAUAUGAUAUUAGGUGGCGUAACUGGGAGCGUGGUGAUCGACGAUAUAGAUAUUUGAAUCUAGCUCACUUUAGGAAGGCCUUUGAUGAACUCCAGGAAGGCCAGGUGUGGUUUACUUAAAGAUUUAUGAUUUUGGGGCAUUUUUAUGAGGCAUUUUUAUUGUUAUUGAUGUUCUGGGUUGUAUUCAUGAGUAUCUUUUAUUUUUCCCAGUUUGUGUGGGUUGCAUAUGCUGUGGAUCGCGUGAAUCCGAACAUAAUUCCUCCUGAGAUCUAUAUGCAAUCGGUUGUGUGGUCCGCUACUGUUUCGUUGGUGUCAUUUGAAUGUAUCGAGUGGCAUGCUACCGAUAGGUACAGGCGACAGUUCGGUUUCGUUCAGGGAGUACCUCAGCAGGAGCAGAAUCUUGACAAGGCGCAUGGAGAAGUACUGACUGGUCCUAAGAAUCUUAACUGGGCCACAACACCGAGUCAUUCAAGUUGGGUUAUGCAUUGGACAAACAGGUAUCACUACGUUCUUUCUGAGCUUCCCAUGCCUUCACAGCAUCCAUUGGAAACUUAUAUGUACUGGUACCGGUCAAAAUAUGGUGACCACUUGAACUUGUCGAAUCUUGUGGGUCAAGAAAGUGAUGACGAUAAUCAGGAUAUGGAUGAGGGUAAUCAGGAUAUGGAUGAUGGUGGUGAGGGUAUGGAUGAGGAUAGUCAGGAUGCGGAUAAUGACAAUGAGGAACUGGAGCCCCAGCCGGUGCCACCUCCUACUUCGAAUCCACUUCCACAAGAACAACCUCAGUUCUCAAGCCAGUAUGUACUUCAGACACAGUUCUCCCCGUCCGUUCCAAUGCCGCAACAAUAUUGGGGUAUGUCACAGUUUGAACCAGGAGAAGGAGGUUCUUUUAGUCAGUUGCUUGAGUUCAUGGCUGCAGAUGCAAGACAACCACAAUAUGCCAAUCAGCCUGAUUUCUUGGCAGGUAGGUAUUCAUUGGAUGCGAGGCUCCCGUGCCAUACCUCAUCUGUCACUUCCGGAGGGUUCGUAUCUGUCGAUUCUAGUAGAAGUGUAGGUGGACGCGGAGUUUUUAAUAGUCAAAAUCCUAACCGUGUUGACAUGGGACCACUUCAAGAAGAUGAUAACCCACUCGAGCAAGAGACUAAUGCAUAUCUAGUAGAUGACCCGGAUGACGAGGAUGAUGAUGAUGAGGAUGAAAUAGAGGAGUUCGAUGAGGAUGAGGAAUCCCGCAAUGAUGGCCGGGCACAAACUCCGGAUGACAAAGGCAAAGGUUACAAUCUGAGGAUUGAUCCACCACGUCGUAGCGCUAAUCGCUACACGUCUUCUGUGUUCAAAAAGGCCGCAAAAAAAUGCAAGAAUUUUGUGAAUGAUGUAAAGUGGGCAAUGAGAAAGUAGUUGUGGUGUAAUACUCUUAUUUAUGCUUUAAAAAAUGUGUACAAUGUUUAGAAUUCUUUGCAUGUGUUGGGCAUUAUGUAUGCAUGACUUGGAGUAAUUAUGUAUUAAUACUGAUCUGGACUAUGGUUU